GUGACGUAACUCGAAAGCGACUCACAAAAGUGAGAGAUUCGAAGUGGCUGCAGCAAAAACAAAGCGGAUUUGAACUUUAAUUGUGUCCAACGGCCUCAUCUGAUGCACUGACACACAGUAUUGGAGACUUGUACUACCCUUACCUAUGGCCACCCCGAGCAAGACGCCACCCGGCGCCGACCCGAAGCAGCUGGAGCGGACUGGGACGGUCCGGGAGAUCGGCUCCCAGGCGGUGUGGUCCCUGUCCUCCUGUAAACCGGGUUUCGGAGUUGAUCAGCUGAGGGACGAUAACCUGGAGACGUACUGGCAGUCAGACGGGUCCCAGCCCCAUCUCGUCAACAUCCAGUUCAGGAGGAGGACCACCGUGAAGAUGCUGUGUAUUUACGCUGACUAUAAAUCAGACGAGAGCUACACGCCCAGUAAGAUCUCCGUCAGAGUGGGAAACAACUUCCACAACCUGCAAGAAAUCCGGCAGUUGGAGAUGGUGGAGCCCAGCGGUUGGAUUCACAUCUCUCUGAUGAAUCAGCGGACCAACGAGCCAAUCAGCACCUUCAUGAUCCAGAUCGCGGUGCUCGCCAACCACCAGAACGGCCGAGACACGCACAUGCGGCAGAUCAAGGUCUACACGCCGGUGGAGGAGAGCUCCAUCGGGAAGUUCCCACGAUGCACCACGGUCGACUUCAUGAUGUACCGCACCAUCAGGUGAUCCCAGACCAUCAGGUGACCCGGACUGCAGCGCCACGGCCGCUCGCCACGACAUGCUAACACGCUGACUAUACGGAGAAGUAGCUCAGACAACCACACUGUAAAAACAUCCUCACUGUAUUGUUUUUGUUGUUGUUGUUUUUUAAAUAAAGUUGCCAAUAUUAAAUAUAACCACAUUUAAAGAUGUUAA